AAAUUUCUUAGUUAACAUAGAAAGACGGUAGUUUUCUUUAGCGUUUUGGGUUCCAGUUAUACUUUUAAAGGAAACGUAGUAAGCGGUUCAUCAUUGGAUUGUUUUAAUAUGGAAGAAGCAAGCUGUUUACCUUCACAAGGCGCAGGCGAAAAUGAACGUAUAUACGCCGACAUUGAUCGAAUGAAUAAUAAUGAAUGGAACAAGUUUGCACGACUUGAAUCUGGGUUGGGUUUAUCCAACAAACAAAUAGAUAACAUUAAGUUACAAUAUCCUACCAAUGUUGAGGAACAACAAUACCAUAUGGUGGUCAAGUCAAGAAAAAUUAGAGAAAUGCCAAGAAAGACGGAAAUAUUUCAUCUUCUUGUGAACCAGUUCUUGUGUCCAGAUGAAAGCAAUCUUGAAAAACUGAACAAACUGCUGCAGCAACAACCACGUGAAACAAUACAAGAAACUAUUGGAAGGCAACCAACUCAACAAGGAUCUUAUCAGCAACAACAAACAGACUCUACCCCUUUUAUUCAAAUGUUGAAAAAUUUAUCAAAUGAAUUAAAAUUCAAAGAUUUUGAAGAGCUAAAGCGAAUGUACGGUUAUUGCACUGAAAACAGAUCAUUUGGCAAUGCUUGUGAAUUAUUUUUGUUCCUUGAAAAUGAAAACAAAUGGGGUGGAGGGACGUUAUCUGAUAAAUUGGAAACUCUUUUGAAAAUACUGAAGAGAAUCAAUCGAGAGGAUUUGAAUAAUUUUAUUUCUGACUUUAAACUUGAUAUCGGGGAAGACAGGCAGCAUAAUACUGUUCAACAGGAUCCAAUUGAAAGAACUUCCCAGGGAUUAUCAUUUUUAUCAAUUAGGAACAUGAAAAUAAACGCGGAAGAUAAUUCUACAGGUGUUAAACUUGGCCAAGGUGCAUGUGUUAAAGUUGUAGAGGCAGAGGUCAAUGUAAAAGGAUCUGCUACAGGAAUACAGCAAGGGGUUAAACAAAAUGGAGAAACGAAAUCCUACAAAGAUGACAAGGCAAAUGGUGUCACAACUGGAAAACAGAGGAAUCAAAUGACAAUUAACAGCAAUCACAUGAACCAAAGCCCUAUAUUAUGUCAAAAUGUAACUUACAAUAACAAUCAUGUCAAAACUAAAAAAGGUAAAUCGAAAAAGAAGUAAUUCAUAGAAAAAUGAUGGCUGCAAAAAAAGAUGAAGUGCAAUUAAUAAUUGUGAAACACUGAAACACUAAGUAUCUAUUCUAUAUGGAUGAGGUAUAAGAAUCUAGGAUAUAAGCCAGAUUUGGUUUAUUAACGCAACACCCAGACUGCUUAUGUACCUACAAAUGGAAUGUUUAUCACAAAGGCUUGAAUCUCCUGAUAAGACAGUUCGGAUAACCCAUUCAGUGACCACUGGAUUGGAACAAUCACUGUUCAGUGUCUUGCCUAAACAUACAUUCGCUGUCAAUUGUAAAGUAUUGAAAAUCUAAGACAUUAUUUAUCAGUUACGAUGCAAGUAUCUAAACCCUGAGCCCCAAACGUCGAUCAACAACAGCAUUACUUGUUUUAUUCAAAA